GUAGACCAAUGAAAUUAGACGUUUAUCCUUGGGGUUUAGUUCCGGAGCGGAUCGUUAUUGAUACGAGUAGCGGCCAGAUAAUUGAUCGAGAAGACAUGAACAUGUACGAGGUUCCGGAGAUACCAGGCUGUCCGCCUGGAUUGGAAUACCUCACUCAGGUGGACCAGCUACUCAUCAAACAAAAAGUUGAGGUGGUUGAAGCUCUGGUGGGAUUUGAGAGCAACAACAAGUACGAGGUGCUGAACUCCGUGGGUCAGAAUGUGUUUUACGCCGUCGAGGAGAAUGACUGCCUGAGUCGACAGUGCUGCGGUCCCAUGCGCCCCUUCUCCAUCCACGUCUUGGACAACUUUGGACAGGAGAUCAUUACAGUCACCCGUCCACUCAAGUGCAUGUCCUGCUUCUUCCCGUGCUGUCUUCAGGAGUUGGAGGUGCAGGCCCCUCCAGGUAACACGGUGGGGUACAUCAAGCAACAGUGGCAGCCCUUGUCCCCGAAAUUCAUUGUGGCCAAUGAACACAUGGAGCCGGUCCUCAAGAUCCACGGGCCCUUCUGUGGAUGGAGCUGCCUUCCAGAUGUGGACUUUGAGAUCCUGACCAUGGAUGAGGUAAGCAAGAUUGGGAAAAUCAGCAAGCAAUGGACGGGCCUCCUUCGGGAAGUGUUCACAGAUUCCGACAACUUUGGAAUCAAGUUUCCGAUGGACUUGGACGUGAGGAUGAAGGCUGUCAUGAUCGGGGCAUGUUUCCUCAUCGAUUUCAUGUUUUUUGAGACAACUAACUAAGGAGUUGAAAUGUUAUCAUGCAACGCUGCUGGAAGGAACGAGGCCACAAAGUGAGCCGUCCCUGUGUCGCAAAUGUUCUCCGAUCAAUCGUGUCAACAAAGGAACAUUGAAACUUGGAGAUGCAUGGAUGUAAAGAUCCGAACUUUGUUUUAGUCUUUAGCUACAACGAUUGUUUUUUUUAUGCUUUUUGGGCUUGUGUUAGCAGCCUCUAUGGACUUUUUUGUUUUUUUAAAUGUCAUUUGGAUGCUUCAGUGAGACUGUAUGGCAUUAUGUUACAUGGUUCUCAAAUUCAAAUAGCGGACUACGUAAAGAAUAUGGAGUCUUUUUAGAGGA